UUGUAAGUCACGUGAUUGUAGUACACGCUUGUAAUAGCGUCGUGUUUAAUCACAACACAAGUGAUUUUACAGUAAAGACUGCUUAUUUAGCGCUAGUUUUAUUGUAAUGUGAAGUUGUUACGGUUUACAGAGUGUCUUCCACCGGAAACACUCAGUUAAAAGCCUUAAAAACAGCAGAAUGUCUGGUUUCAGUUCGGAGCUCAUUGAUUAUCUGGAGGGGAAGAUAACUUUCGAAGAGUUUGACAGAAGGAGAGACGAGCGGAAAUCUAAGGAAGCAGAUCCUGAGGCUGAAGAUGUUCAGGAGGAUGAUGAUGCUCAGCCUUCUACCUCCACUCACAUCCCGGCGAUAAGAGAUGAAGGAGUCAGCGCAGGGGUUCAGCUGGCCUUCGCCUCAAUAAUAGGAGAAACCCCACAACAUCUGUCUUCAGAAGAUGAGGAAGAAGAGGAGGAAGAUAGCUUGAGCUAUGUUGACGAUGAGGAUGAUGAGGAUUACAAAGCAGAGGGUGAGGAGGAGGAAAAGGUGAAGGUGGAUAAGACCAAGAAAAGCACGAGGCAGAAGGGGAGAAGAGGAAGAGGGAGGCGGAAGAAGAAGAAGGAGAGAGAUGAAGAGGAGGACAAUCUAACGGCUGGGGAUGUCUUUGCCCUGGAGAUGGAGCUGAACCGAGAAAACAAGAAGAUGAUGAAGGAGCGACGUCAUCGCAGUAAACUACCCCGGGCACUUCGAGGCCUGAUGGGAGAAGCUAAUAUCCGCUAUGCUCGAGGAGAGACGGAGGACGCCAUCUUGAUGUGUAUGGAGAUCAUAAGACAAGCUCCUCUGGCCUAUGAGCCAUUCUCCACUCUGACUAUGAUCUAUGAAGAUAAUAACGACAUGGAGAAAGCGCUGCAGUUCGGUCUGAUUGCUGCCCACCUGAACCCCUCAGACUGUGAUGAGUGGAUCAGACUGGCAGAGAUGUCUCUGGAGCAGGACAACAUCCGGCAGGCCAUCGUGUGUUACACAAAAGCCAUUAAGUAUGACCCGACCAACGUACGCUACCUGUGGGAGCGCUGCAGCCUCCACAUGCGUCUUGGGGAGCACAAGCAGUGCAUGGAUGGCUACCGGAGGAUCCUGUCGCUGCUGCCGAUGGAGGAAGGCGAACACUUCAUGCAGCUUUCCAAAGACAUGGCCAAGAGUUAUUAUGAAAGUAAUGACAUGCCUGCUGCACUGGGUGUGAUAGAAGAAGCCCUUGCACGACACCCCAAUCUGGUCAGCGACGAUGUUAUCAACAUGGCUGCUGAGCUUUAUAUCUCUAAUCAUCAGUACGACAAAGCCAUGCAGACUUUGGUCCAGUUUGCAGGCAUAGGUUUGGUCAGAGCAAACCCCAAAUCCCAGUUUAAGGCAGAGACGAAGGAUGAGAAUGUGGAGAAGACGAAUGAGGAAGUGGAUGGAAAGAAUGAAGAAAGUGCAGAAUCAGAGGCAGCGAAAGAAACACCAAAAGAGGAGUUAGGGGAAAUUCUGGACGUCCAUAUACCAGACAGUGUCCCUGUGGACUUAAGGGCAAAGGUCAUUGUCAGCCUCAUACACCUGCAUGUCUACACGCCUCUGGAGGAGCUGGUGGCAUCACUAAUGGAGCACAGUGCAGAGGAGGUAGGAGACCUGUACCUGGACGUCAGUGAAGCCUACAUGGAGGAAGGCCAGUACGAAUCAGCUUUACCAAUGCUGUCAACCCUCGUCGUAUCAGAAAAAUACAACCUGGCUGUUGUCUGGCUCCGGCACGCAGAAUGUCUGAAGGCGCUGGGCCAUAUGGGGCCUGCAGCAGACAGCUACGCUAAAGUGGUGGAAAAGGCUCCGCAGCACCUGGAGGCCCGCCUCUCUCUGGCCACCCUGCUGCAGCAGCUGGGGCGACCAGAGGGCGCCCUGAAGGCUCUGGAGUCCAUGUACGACAGCGACACGUUGGCACAGGACUCAUCAGCUGCACAGAAGGAGUUAAAGCUGCUGCUGCAUCGUUCCACACUGCUUAAGACUCAGGGACAAACACAGAAGUAUCUGGACUCAAUGAUCACUAUGAUCUCCAUGCUGCUGAAGGUGGCGAUGCAACGUGCAAAAGUGACCGUGCGCUCUGUCCUUGUGUCGGGGGAGAGUCACCUGAGGCUGGUGAAGGUCCAAGGCGUGGAGCAGGAGAUUGAUGACCAGGAAGCUGCCUAUCUGGACAACACUGGUAAAACCAACGUGUUGUCCAAAGAGGAUUGGUGGCAGCUGCUUGUGACCUGCCUGCUGACACUCUGCGAGGUUCACCGCUACGAAGAGACUGACCUGCUCGUCGAAUCUGCCAUGGAGUUUUACUCCUUCUACGACAUUAAGCCCAGACGGAAGGAGCUGGAGUUCCUGGGUCUGUCUGCAACCAUCCUCGACCACAACCACUACAAAGCCUACAACUACAUCAGGUUGAUGCUGAUGGAAAAUGUCAAUUUGCCGCAGCUUUGGAAUAUCUUUAACCAGCUGACGAUAAAAUCUGAGCACCAGCGUCACCAUCGCUUCUGUCUGCGUCUGCUGUUAAAACAUCCUGACAACCACGCCUUGUGCGUCCUCUGUGGACACAAUGCCAUGGUUUCAGGGAGUUUCAAACUUGCUCUGGGUCAGUACGUUCAGGCCUUCCAGUCUCAUGCCUGCACCCCCAUGUACAGUCUCUGUGUGGGUCUCACCUACUUCCACAUGGCAUCUCAGAAAUACGUAGCCAAACGACAUGCACUGGUGCUGCAAGGUUUCUCCUUCCUGUGGCGGUACGUGGAGCUGCGUGGGGAGUGUCAGGAGAGCAUGUACAACCUGGGCCGAGCCCUGCAUCAGAUGGGCCUUGUCCAUUUGGCCAUACAUUACUAUCAGAAAGCCCUUACUCUGCCUGCACAAAAACUGGAGGGAAUCAGCGAUGAUCAGGUGGAUCUGAGAAGAGAAAUCGCCUUCAACCUCUCCCUCAUCUACCAGGACAGUGGGAACAUGGAGAUGGCCCGGCAGCUCAUCGUCACACACUGUAUUGUGUGACAAAAACAGUUUUAUUGUUGUGAAAUGUACAGCACUGUAGAAAGGGUUCUGGAGUAAAAUGUGCUCUAGUGUUAUGAUUAGGGCUGGGUAUCAUUCACAAAAUGACACUAGGUAAACAUGACAUUACUAUGACAUGGUUUAAUGCUCCAGGAGCUGAAAUCAGAGAAAAACACCUCCGGAUUUUCACCUUUCUACGUCUGUAAACCAAGUCGUGGUGUAGACCAGUUUAAAUAAAUUGAAUUACAAUAUGCUGAAAAGUGACCAGCGGCUAUAAAUCCAUCUACCACAAUUUAAAAUGUUUUGUUAGCAUAAAAUUAUUAAUGAAAAUGUACAUAUACACUGACACUGGAACUUGGCAUCAGACAAAAAGACAUUUCAGUCGGUGACAAAAAUGUUGACGUUCACUUCCUAUCCCAAAUGCUGAUGCUUGUUUGUAUGAAGAAUAAGCAACUCUUCAUAAUACAGAAUUUAUUUCCUUCUGAUGAAUAUAUACAAACACUGGUGUUUUUUUUUGAUAGCUUAGUUCAUCCUCUGUAAUGCCAAUAUGACCCAUAAAGUAAAAAUGCUUCUAUUUUUGUAAAAUGUAA